AUGGCUGCCAACAAGAUUUUAAUAACCGCCGGAGUGAUUACUUUACUCCAGGCUAUUGGUCAAUUGAUAUACUGCUCGUUAAGCCUGGCCCAGUACUACUGCGUCGUGGACUUCUUAAGGGAGAUUCCUUUACUCCUCUACAUCAGAAUUAUUUUCUUCCAUAACCCUGGACCUUGUGGAGCCAGAAUUAAUAUAGGGCAGUCGAUAGAGGGCAUCGCGGAUCAAGCUUUUGUUUUGAUCAACAACGAACCUCUCAGCACGUACCUAACCUUUAUCAUCAACAGCGUUAACCUCGGUCUUAGCGGCCUCUGGAUUGUAGGCAGUCUCGUUGCGAUUAUGGGUGGUGCAAGGAACUCGUCACUGAAGAGUGUGCGAUGGCCGUGGGCUCUGACGACAGUUGCGGCGAUCGGCGUUGACCUGGUUGCCGUUGUCAUAUACCUGCACGGCUCUUUCUACACCAGGACAUUAGCCGACACAAUGGCAUAUAUCGGGGGCGUGGCGACAGGCAUAGCAGGUACCAACCUCGACACCUCGUGGGCGUCAUGGGUUAUGGUGGUAUUGUAUUCGCGAUUCGUCGUGAUCUUUGUGGUCAACGUGCUCCUUCUCCUCAGCGUCAUUGUCGACUGUAAUGCUCCUAUACGACCGAUAACCACCGGCACUCAAGUGGAAUCACCGACAACCCACGACGCAUACACAAGCGAUAAGGAAAGUGACGUUAUUAGCACGACGAGUGAAUCGCGAUUGUUCGCGAAACUACCACGACCUGGACUGAGCCGGUCCUUCCGUCGCAUGAAGGAGUUCUUGUUCGACCGGCCUGCUACACCUGUUCAUCGCUCCAAUUCCAAUGCUGAUUCCAACAAAACAAUAUCUGAGCGUUCUCCGCGAGUUCAGCCUAUGGAGCCCGACAAAAAGCGGACUGUGAACUUCCCGGAGAACCUACUGUCGUUGCCGCAGCGUUUAGAGAACCUAAUAGCUGAACAGCAGAGGCGGCUCGACCAUGCCAUCAUAGAUACAGCUGGGCGGAACAGCCCGCCAAGAGCAUCACAGUCUAUGCCCCAACUAUCAUCUACAGAGCAACGAGAUGCGAGGGGACGUCGAGACACCGCGGCUGAGCUGCAAGGCCAGUUGCCGUGGGCAUACGUGCCGGCGUCUGCGCACCGAAUGCGCGAUCAACUACCACCCGAUGAAGAUUUACCACCAGUGCCCUUACCCGACUACACAGCUAUACAACCAUUUAGGAAAGCUUCCGUCCACCGUGCAGCGUCCAGUUUAAGUUCUCUACUUCAAAAGCGGGACGCGUUGGUCCAGUCCCGCCCAACAAUAACAGAGUCAGAUGUGUUAUAUUAG